GACGGAAUAUGAGGCUGUACGACACCGCUGCAAGGAUUGUGGGUUUACAUGGCUGCGCCCAGUGAAGUCAUGUUAAAUUAUAUCAUACUGACUUUAUUCUGAGUAAUAUGAUAUUAUAAAAUGACGUACAUGAACUAAACAUGUGGAAUCAAGUUCGUAAACUGCAAAAGAACAAAACAGUGAAAUAUGGGAUCCCGAUGUUGCUUCUGGUCGUGGGAGGGUCGUUUGGAUUGAGAGAAUUCACUCAGAUUAGGUAUGAUGCACAGAAGAUCAAAAGGAAGCUGGACCCCACACUGGAAGCCCGGGUGAACACUGAAAAACAAUCUGUCAUCCUUGAGGAAGAGUAUGAGAAAUUGAAAGAUAUGGACUUGGGUGGAUGGAAGAACAUUCGUGGCCCUCGACCCUGGGAGGAUUCCAAGGAGUUCCAGGAGCAGCAGCGAGCACGGCUCAGUAAAGGCACAUAGAACUUUAAAGUUUAAACUCCCCCUACUGGCACAAAGAUGUAAGACACUUAUUAAACCAGUGCAGUAUACCUUGGUUGUUGUCACUGCAUAAUAUAUCAGCACUAUUAUACGUUAUUAUAUCUGGACCAGAAGCUACCAAUUUAGUUUAUGCUGGCAUAUGCCACUUUGUUGUCUUUUUUGGAAAUAUACUUCCUAAUACACUUUUAUGAAUGUG